AUCUUGCCUUCUUCGUCUCUUGUAGUCCUCGCUCCAUUUCCCUCUUCCUUCUCAUUGGCACAACCGUUCUUCUUCCUCCUCAUCGUCUUCAGCAUCUGCUACUCUCUCUCUCUCUCUCUCCCUCCCCCCUCCUUCCCUCCCUUUUAGUUCGCUCUUUCUUUUUCUCUGGCAAAAAUUUGAAAAAAAAAAAUGUCAUUUGAUUCUGUCGUUGCCGUUGCAUGGGAUGUCUUGAAGCCACUAGGUGUUCCCAUCAAGCUUCAAUUCGAAUAUGUCAUGCGCUCCAAGAGAUAUGCCGACAAUCUUCGGAAGGAAGUCGAGAAGCUGAAGUACGAGGCCGACAGGGUCCGAGAUGCCAAGGAAGUGGCUGAAAACAAUCUUCUGAGUAUCCACGUAUGGGUCCCUGAGUUUCUGGCAAGUGCUGAGAAGGCCUUGACGGAGGCGGGAGACCUGUUGAGCUACUUUGAAACGGCAAGCAAGACUUGCUGUUAUGGGACAUUUCCCGACCCCAUUUGUCGCCAUACGUUCAGCAGGACGGCCAAGCUCCAGACCGAUUACAUUAAGAAUCUCGUUCGGGAUUACAGUGACAGGGAGGUCUCCUUGAGAGGUUCUGCACCGGGGAACGACCGUGCUCCGACUCCGGAUUCUUCUGCCUUGAUGUCGAUGGAGCUUCAGGGCGGUGGCAUUGGCAAAUCCAGAGAACCGAUCAUACGGGAGAUCAUGGCCGCUCUUGCCGAUAACAGCAAUAGCGUGGUUGGGGUUCACGGGAUGGGCGGGGUCGGCAAGUCUACCCUUGUGGAGGAAGCCAAAAGGAAACUAAGCGAAGAGAAUUUGUUCGAUUGGGUCACUAUGGCCAAUGUGUCGGAAAAUCCAGAUAUCAUUAGGAUUCAAGGAGAGAUUGCGCAUGCUUUGAACCUAGACAUUAAGAAUGAAGCAAAUGUCAACGUGCGAGCGGAGCUUCUGCGCACCAGGUUGGAAAAGGAGGGGAAGGCAAAAAAGAGAGUGCUCAUAAUAUUAGACAACCUGUGGGAGCGGCUCGACUUGAAAUCAGUUGGCAUUCCUUGCGGACUCGACAACAAAGUCAGAGGAUGCAAGUUAUUGCUAACGUCCAGACGUCAGGAUGUUUUGCGAAGGGAAAUGGGCUGCGAUAGGGACUUCCACCUCGAUGGGCUGCAGGAGGUAGAGGCAAAAGAAUUAUUUCAGAGGAUGGUGGGAGACAAAGUUCAUGAUAGCGAGUUCAAACCCUUCGUGGAUGAAGCACUCCACAAAUGUGCAGUGGUGAGAGGACUUCCAAAGCUAGAGGAGAUCAAAGUUGUCAGUUGCAAGUUAAUGCACGGGAUUUUAGAAGCAGAUGAUUGUGGCAAAGUGGAGUUGCACAAUUUGCGUGUAUUGAUAUUGUGUGACUUGCCAGAUAUCAAGAACUUUCUCAAUGCUGGGUCGGCUCAUUCAAGUAGUACAUUAGAUGACAAAGCUAGCACUCAAAUUGCAUUCUUCAAUGGGCAACAGAUUUCAAUCCCAUCUUUGGAGUCCUUGACAAUGCAAGGACUUCCCAAUAUGAAAGAGAUAUGGAGUGAUGAAUCUCCAUUGGAGUUGAGCAAUCUCCGAUCUCUCAAUUUGGUGCGAUGCGAAUCUCUGUUGAAGGUUAUUAGCUCCCAGUUGCUUGUAAAACUACGCAAGUUGCACAAUUUAUGUAUAAGAGAUUGCAAUUCGGUGCAAGAAAUUUUUGACCUUGAUGAACCAAGCACUAGUGAAGAUCUUCGGGCUCUGUCGAGUUGACCACCUUUAAAUUAAAUGAAUUAGGAAGCUUGAGACACAUAUGGAACAAGAAUCCUUGUGGAAUAGUGAGUUUGCAUAAUUUAAAGAAGUUGGAGGUCGAUCACUGUGACAACCUUGGGUUCAUGUUUUUCCCAUCCACAGUUAAAUCUCUCGUACAACUGAGAGAUCUAACGGUACAACAUUGCAAGAAAAUGGAGGCGAUCGUUAUAGAGGAAGAAGGCUUGGGGUUGGAAGCAUUGGAAACUUUGGCAUUCCCCAUGUUAACCAACUUAACCUUAAUUUAUUUGAAAAGUUUGAAGUGCUUCUC